GAAGUUUUCAGAUCAUUUUUUUCAUGUUUUCCAAUUGGCUGUUGUGCGACCGUUUACGUUGUUCGCACUGGUCUCCCUGCCAAAAGCCAUUCGGCUCGGGCGAUGGCCGGUGGCGGGAGUUCCUACGUCGCCGCUCCCGCCGAUGGGCGACGUUGAGCUGGCGACCUGGUCGGAUGGUUAUGAGCCACUGGGCGCCGAGCUUCAGAUGAACGCUCGUGCCGUGGAAGCGUCGCAGAAUGCUUUGAGUCACGUGGGUGCUGGCGCCAGCGAGAGCAGGCGCGGCAUAUUCUCCGCCCUCUCCCAGCUCACCUGCAAGGAGGUAGGUCUUGGGUUCUUGGCCUUUCUGCAUGACUUGUGGGCUGCGGGCGCCCGUUGCAUCUUCUUCGACCUCACCUAUAUGCAUGUGUGGUCCAAGUUCUUGGCAUUUCUGUGCUUUCUGAACGCUACCCUGCUGCUGGGAGAAGAGAGCUUCUACAGCUUCAUGUCACAGUUGCCAUCGUCGUCAAGCUGUUUGCUGAACCAUCGGGUGGGCUACUGCGAUGCCAAUGGCAUCAACCUCUUUCACGAGUCGGUGCGGGUUCAGGUGGUGUUGAGCCCGGUGGAGUCGCAGAGCCUCCAGUUGGAAUCCCCAAGCCUGUGGACCCUCUCGCUGGUCCUGGUGGUGGCUUUUGCCAACUCCCGCUACGUCACCAAGUUGCAGGCCUUCCUCGUGUGGCCUCUGGCCUUGCUGGGCUUACUGCUGUGCAGCGUGCACGCAGCGCGCACGCUGGUCGACCUGGGCAACUGUCGUGCCAUCUCCGAGCACCAUCCAGUCACGUGGUUGGCCGCUGCCCCGCUGGGCAACAGGUCUGCGCCCUCCGCUGCUGCGGAGCGUGUGGCCGAGUACUGCUGGGUUCCUCCGCUGCCCAACCUGCACGGCCCGAGCGCGGCACGCGCGGGCGCAAUGGUGGAGAAGGAGCCUGUGGCCGACUUUCUCUCGCGGCAGGGCAUUGACAUCAAUAUGACUCUUCUGAUCCGGGACGUGUGGAUCACCUGGAUGGAGUCUGCCACCUUCAGCUUCCGCUUUGAGAAUCACACGAAGGUCUCCUCCUACUGCGAGGUGCUUCAGAUGCCCACGAUGUCCCACUGCCUGCGCUGGAUGAACAGCAGCGAGUUGGGCAACUCGAUCAGCUGUCAUGGGCCCAGCCUGGAUGAUGUCCUUGCACUGCAAGCGAGCGGCGCAGAAUUGGAAAGCCUGGCGGAAGCCGGGCGCUCGCCCCACUUGUCGGAUCGGCAGCGGCUGCAGCAGUUGCUUCGGAUCAGCGAGUCUUGGCAGCUGAAGCUGCUGCAGAGCCGCGGCUGCCGCGCGCGGAUCAGUGGUCAGAAUUUCGCUCUGCGCCCACCAAGCUUAGGCGAAGACGUGCCUGGGGGCGAGAAAGCCUUGGAACGGCACUUGCUGCUGCUGGCUCAGCACAUGUGGGAGACAGAGGUCCUGGAUGAUCUGCUGCAUUUGCACUACAAGGUUCCAGGCGUCUCCGUUGCCGCGCGGCCUUCGGCCGUGGAGCUCCAUGGCACCCAGGAGAGCUAUCUGCAGCCGAGCUUCGUAGGCUGCGUGGCCCGCAUCUUCCACGGCUGCGCUGAAAGGGUGGCGUCGGCCACCCUGACGCACUUCCGGAGUCUCUGCCAGGCCACCUGCGCUCUGCUGAUGUUCUUGGGGUAUGUGAGAAUGCUGGCCAUCCGCAUUGGUUGCUUCCGAUGGUGUCGGGAGCAUUGGCCAUCGCCGGAACCUGAUUCCACUCGCCUUUACCACUUCUACCAGUGCAUGCAGAGGCUGAAAGAGAGGGUUCAGCAAGCUCUGGGGUUUCUGAACACGCGUGUGGGAGUGGGGCUUUUGAUGGCCUCGCUUCUACAGGUGGGCUUCACCGUUCUGGCCAACGAGCUUGCGAUGGGCUGGAUCUCAGAGGGCAACGGCGUGCGGAUGGCCGAAUGGAUGAAGCUAUACCCUUUGUCGAUGAUCGACGGGCUGAUGAUCCUAUCGAUUUGGCUUCAGCUCGCGGUCUUUCUCCUUGCGGUGUGCUACAACUGCAUCCUCCAUGUUCAUCUGCGUUCCCAGAUCUUAGCCCUGCCGCGCCAUGUGCUUUUUGGCCCCGAGCGGGUGAUCCCAGAGUCAUACCAAGGGCCGGACUUGAAUGAGUUGAAGCGCAUGGGCAAAACCAGUCUGGUGUAUGCCAUGUACUUCCCUGGCAUUGUUUUCUGGCACUUCUUCUAUGCUUCUUGGAUCCUGGUCUUGGUGUUCUCCUUUGCCCUGGGCUGCUUGAUCCUCGUGGGCCAGCCGGGAGAAGUGCGCAGCGUCCACGCGCAACGGAUCUGGCCUGUGCUGACUUAUGGCGCGUUUUUGGGCACAGUGCUGCUGGCACACUUUGUUACGAGGCUCUUCACUCAGCGGUGUUUGCUUCAUCAGCACGGGCAAGGCAUCCGCAUCAGAUGUCUAUGCCUUUUCACCUGGUAUGAGGUGAUGCUCUUCCUGUUGUCCUUUGCUGUGGGGCCGACCGCGGCACUGUGGGAUUACCUGAAAGGCUUCAUUUGCACUGUCCUGGCCUCUUUGGUGAUUCAGAAGCCCAACUUCACCCAGUUUGGAGAGCUCUCGGACUAUGUCUACUGCACCUACUGCGCUGCUCUCUUGUUGGAGCGCAUGGACCGAGACCGGAAGGAUGACUCUCCCAGGCACCGCCAGCAUGAAGCUGAGCUGCACAGCUGUCAGGACCUGCAGCAGAACUGUGACCGUUGGGACUCCAAAGAUGAGCCCAGCUUGCUUGAUAGCAGUUACGAGUCCAAAGUGGCUUGCUUACGACGCACCGUCGUGUUCUGGCUCCUGUUCUUAGGCGUCCCCCUGGCCGCAGCGGCCACGGUGGGCCGAGCUAGCUACGUACUUGGCUACAGCUGCCCCAAGUUUCUAAAGGCGGUUUUGCCCUUCAGCAAGUGUGCGUCCGAGAUGAAAAAGGACGUGUGCUGUCCUUGGCGCUGGGCCGAGUUUUAUUGUUGGGCGGGACAGGUGUUUUGGGGGCGGAUCCAUCGAGGUGGUGAAGGAGCAAGCCGCGGCCGAACGAGGGUCAUCCCAGUUCCAUGGCCAGGUAUCACCAGGGCAGCUCCGUCUCGCCAGGCCGUCUCGCCAGAACCUCCAUCUCGCCAGGCCGUCCCCGAGGAGAUGACCAGCCAUGUGACCAGCCCAGACUCGAUUGACUGGCGGAAGCUCCGUCGACCACCGUGAAACCACGUGGCGGAUCGAUGCCCCGUGGUCUUUCGGUGUUUGGAAAGCUCCGUUUCACGUCGUAGCUCCCAAAGACCUUCGAAAGGAAUCACUUGGGCUAGUUAGUUCAUUGCAGCGCAUGAUCAAGGAUGGAAUGCCCGCACCAAUCCUCGCGGAUCCCCCGAAUCUCUCUAUUCCAAUGCACGCCCAGAAAGAUGGGUUACAAGGUGUUUGUUGGUGCAUGUCGGGGAUGGCUUGUGGAGGCUUCCCUGAGCCGAGCACCAUUGUUUCUUUGCAGUGGCCAAUGGUCAGGUCACAAGACGACGUGUGGUGUUGUACUAGCUGGUACUCAGGAAGUAUUCCCCAUUAAACAGGGAUCAAUGUUCCCCAACCUCCCGGCAGUGUAGGAUUUCUUCCACUUGCUCUUCGUUUCACCGCAUGGUUUCAGUCUUGGCCACACUCAAUCGCAUGUAGAGAUUACAAGAAGAUGGAACGCUCAUCGCCUGCUUUGGAUGUCCCAUUAGUUGAAUUGGCUUGACACCUCCUCACCUUGCCAGCAACAUCUUGGCACCAGUGCCAGCAGCAAACAAAAGAAGGGGACGUCCCAACGAAGAGAGGGCAUUGAUGGGAUCUCCAAUGCACGAACGGGUCACGUCAC